AUGCUUUGGUUUAGCAAAUAUGUCCAGGUCCCGAUCUGGUUUAUUACAUACAUAGUGACAGAUGUGAUCCAACUGGGCAUGAUGCCGUGUCUGCCGGGCGUCAUCACAGAAAUGAUCGCAAACGAAAUAGAAAAAAUCAAGAUUUCCCUAACCAACCACUUAUACGAAGAUAAUAAUGGAAUCAAUGACCGCGGCUCGGCGGAGGGGUUCCUGCGCUACCUGCAGCUGCGCCCGCUCCGCUGCAGCGUGUGGCGGCUGCUGCCCGUGGACCUGACGCUGCCCGUGAGCCUGCUGAGUCUCUGCACCACCUACCUCAUCGUGCUCAUACAGUUCUCCGACUUGUAUUGACGAGGAGACGAUCUGCAUAGCGAUCGAUAGGCAGAGAACCUAAUUCAAAAACUGCUACGCGGCUACGGGCUACGUCAUCGUCGUAGUAACUGAAUACCUACCAUACACACCUAUAAUCUUAACCAUCCGUAUUUUUUGUCACUUGUAGUAAUAAUUUAAUAAUUAAGGUCUUCAGGAAUACAUUUUUAU